AUGUCCGUAUUCAAAGAGGACAAGAAGGCGUUUAUCAACUUCUAUCACAUUGCUCUAUGGAACGACAUGCUCGUGCUCCUGUUGGGAAUCCUCUGCUUUAUGGCCACUCUACGACUCAUCAACGUGCUCGGCUACAGCAAGCGCACCGGCACCGUGGUACGGGUCUUCAAGAAGGCCGCCUCGCAGCUCAUCUGGUUCGGUCUGUUCUUUACCGCCUGCUUCACCAUUUACUGCAUCCUCGGCUGGUUGCUAUUUGGCACCCAUCUCCAGUACUACAAGGACAUCUUCUCUUCCUUUCGGACCAUGUUUCUCAGCAUGAUCGGCAAGAACAGGUUCACGGAGAUGGAUAACAUGAGCCCCUACAUGGCUAAGAUUUACUUUUUGUUCUUCAUCGGCGUCAUGAUCUACCUUGUCUUUACAAUAUUCCUGGCGCUACUCAGCAAGGCAAUCGAUUAUGUACACGAUGAAGCCAAGAAGGACACGGGCGAUGAAAUGGUUGACUUUGUAUUGAAGAAAUUAAAAAGACAGAAAAGACAGAAAAUCAGUUACAAGAUUAGAAAAGAUGAGUCACAGCAUCCGGCUCCGCGGAUCGUGUACACUAACAUGGGCGCCUUAGAGGAUAUCCGGAACUCGCUGCAGUGCGCCCUCAUAUCCCACAAGCGCGGCAAGUAG